AUGACCUCCCCAACCGAACCCCAUACCAGCGUGUUCUCGCACAUCAACGGUCCCCGAGAUGACCUUCUCGACCGCCUCGCCGUCGCCGAGAUCUGCAAAGGCUGGCCGGUGUACCGUGACGCGUCGGAAUGGCAAAACUUUCGCUCCCUCUUUGCCCCGAAGGCGACGGUGUGGACCACCUGGUCCGGUCCGUGCGACAUUGACGCGUUCAUCAACGUGUCCAAAGAAGGCAAGGCCCGUGGCGUGUUUAUCCAGCACCGCGAGUGCGGCACACUGGUUGAGCUGGGCCCGGACGCGCCCGGCGAAGGAUACGACGUCGAAGGCGAGGAGGCCGUCGCCGGCCACCGCAGCGGCAAUGGCACGGACAAGGACACGGGCACAGACGCGGCGGGUGGCAACGCCACCGUCCUCUCCUCCGCUUCGUCCCGCAGCGUUCGCCGCGCCGUCGGCAAGAUGAAGGCCACCAUCACGCAGCGGUUCGUCAACCCGGGCGACGGUAUCGCAUUUGACGUCGACUGCGACUGCCGCUUCGUCUUCUUCUUGGAGAAGAUAAAGGGCCCCGCCGGCGACGCUGCCUGGCGCACCGUGUAUGUCAAGCUGUUUUACGAAAAGGACAAGAUCGUGCCGGCCGACGGACACUCGACGCCCGCGCUCACGGCCGAGGAGAAGGCGUAUAUGCAGGACGAACUGCCCGAAGGAUACCGGUACCUGGGCGUGAUGCAGCGUCGGCUGGGAUACGCGGUGGACGCGAAGCUGCCGACGCCGCGGAACGCCGGAUGGGAGGCGAUGUACAAGGCGAUGGAGGCGUGGUUGGUGGGCGACAAGGCAGAGCUCUAG